AUGGUCAUCGAAGGGCUGAGGAAGUCGAACGACCCCAUAAUGCAAGACAAAGGCUUCGAAAUCGCUACGAAAUGGAUUCAAGGCAACUUUAAGGUCUACAACAAGACCAAGGAUAUGUUUGAAAAGGUGGGGCGAUGGCUUUGUAUCUUAAGGAGAGGAAUUUUAAUUUUUUCUUCUUGACCAGGCUGUUUUGAUAGGAAAUUAAAAAUUUUUUUUGGGCGGGGUAAAAAUUUUUUUUUCUUGGGGGGGGGGGGGGUUAAGUACAAAAAGUUAGGUUUUUUGGCAUUUAUGAACAAAAAAAUUAUGAAGAAAAAAAUUUGUGGAGGGGGGGGGUAAAAAAUUUUGGGCGGGGUAAAAAAAUUUUUUUGAAAGGGGAUGAAGGGAGAGGGACAAAUAUAAAAAGUAUUUUUAGGCACUGCCUAAUUACCAAAAACGUAAAAUUUAAAAAAAAAUUGGGGAUGGAUCAAAAAAUUUUUUUACCCCGCCCAAAAAAAAUUGUUUUUCUUUGUUUUUUCCGUCUUAAAAAUGACCCGCCUAGCACUACUAGUAGUCUAAAAAUGAGAAACUAUGCUCCGAUUAUAUUAUACACCUUAUUAUAUUAUUAGGUUGUUAGGUAAGUCGUGGGCCCCCUUUCAACACAAAUGUUUGAAAAAUCAGGAAAAAAUUAAUAUAUAUCGCAAAUUGAAAAUUUUGAUGUCCUUUUAUAGUUUAAAACCUGUAUUUUCAGAAUAUGUAAGUUUCAAACCUCUUUUAAUUUUUUGUUUUGUUGUUUUAGUGGCCAGAACAUUAUAGGGCAAACGACGACUUUGGGUAGUGAUGUAAAAGAGUACAAAACAAGUCGUAACGUUAAAACUACGGCCGGAUUCAUAAAUAAGACACAUGGACAAAGUAUUGUGAGCUACACAACAGCAAAAAUUUGGUUCCAAAAGCUUCCUUCUGGAGAUGAGACGCUUGAAGAAAAGUGGAGGUCCUGUAGAAUAGUUCUCUAUAAUUCCUUGAAACUAGGCCAAACCAUAACUGUUAGUACGUAUUCUAUUAAUAUUGACCAAAUGCGCCACUAUCUACCUUCAAGGUUGAGAAACAGAAGGUCAAUUAUUGUUCAUGACAGUGUCCGCCCCCACUUGGCAACGAUGACCGCAGAAAAACAACGGGUUUGGAUACAAAGUUUUUGACCAGCAUUUGUAUUUACUCGACAUGAUAGCUACAUAUUACCAUAUUUUCAAAUCUUCGACAGCAUUUAUGUGUCAGCGACAAUCCACUGAAGAUGACGAUGUCAUGGAAGCCAUCAAAAUUUUCUUAGGCUCUAGAAAUUCUGAAUCCUAUGCUACUGGGAUAAAAAUGCUUAAAAACGUUGGACACAUUGUGUUAAUGUUGAUGAUAACUAUUUUGAUUAAUAAUUAGUUCUUGUUGUAACGCAAAAAAUUUUUUUCUGAUACGCGGUUAGGGGGGCCCACGACUUACCUAACAACCUAAUAAUAUGUUCAAAUACUACUGUGCCCUUUAGCUUUGCAAAAUUUGCUUUAAGAAGGGGCACAGAAUUAAUUGAACAAACCAAUAUUUAAAAAAUUAAAUUUUAAAUUUGAAGUUUACUCAAUUGAGCGCUCAAUUUUAACUUUUUGAAAUUUCAGUACAACGUUGGAGGAGACGUGCCAGAGCCAGGGCACGGUGGUGAAUAUAAAGUACAAACCGGGUUUGGCUGGUCGAAUGGAGUUGUGUUAGACCUGCUACACACUUACUACGAUCGAAUCGAAGUUCCCGUGACGGAAACAAAAAGUGCAAAUGAAAUGAAUGUUGUUAUACCUGCUUUAACGCUUAUUAACCUUUUUUAUCAAUUGGUUUGA